GGCGAAGUGGUUCCUCAUCCAGGUAAGACAAACCUGUGCUCUGGGCAUUGAUCACAGAGACGGCAAAGAAACGCUCGAGAUCGCUCCGUGGCUGAUCCACAAUGAAGUCCUUGGCUCUUCUGUUGCUGGUCUGGGCUGCCUUUGCAAAAGCACAACUUGGAGCCGGCGGCAACUGUGUCAGCACAGCUAGGGAAGACCUCCUCGACCUUCUGAAGAAAUGGGAAACGGAGACUUCCUGCCAACCUUCCUGCCAACCCCAGAAGCUCUACCAGAGCUGCAAGGAAAUCAAGGCUGCCGUGCCAAAGGCUGCAGAUGGGCUGUAUAGCCUGAUGAGUGAAGAUGGUGAGAGCUACCAGACCUUCUGCGACAUGUCCACCAACGGAGGCGGCUGGACGCUGGUGGCCAGCGUCCACGAGAACAACAUCUUUGGGAAAUGCACCCUGGGCGAUCGCUGGUCCAGCCAGCAAGGGAGUGAUGCCAACUACCCCAACGGGGACGGAAACUGGUCCAACAAUAACACCUUUGGGUCAGCCAUAGCUGCCACCAGCGAUGAUUACAAGAACCCAGGCUACUACGCUAUGAUAGCCCGAGAUAUCGCCAUCUGGCAUGUUCCCAACAACACCCCGAUGAAGAGAUGGCAGGGCGUUUCCUUCUUGAGAUACCACACCGAGUCAGGCUUCUUGUCUGGGCAAGGGGGUAACCUUCUCCGGCUCUAUGAGAAAUACCCAGUGAAAUACGGUGCUGGUAGCUGUCCAAAUGAUAAUGGCCCGGCUAUCCCUAUUGUUUAUGAUGUUGGUGAUGCCCAGAAGACUUCAGAAUUGUACUCUCCUCAUGGACGGGGUGAAUUUAUCUCUGGCUUUGUCCAAUUCCGGGUGUUUAAUAAUGAAAAGGCAGCGCUGGCUCUCUGCUCUGGUGUUAAACUCACCCAAUGCAACUCAGAACAUCACUGCAUUGGAGGAGGGGGCUUUUUCCCAGAAGGAAACCCCCGCCAAUGUGGCGAUUUUGCCAGCUUGGACUGGGACGGCUACGGGACUCACCGCGGAUGGAGCUCUUCGAAGACCAUCGUAGACGCCGCGGUGCUGAUCUUCUACCGCUGAGCAUCCGAAAUCAGAAUCCGGAGACGGAGACGCCUGUCCCGGAGCAGAGAAAUUUACGAUUAAAACACAUAAUCUUUUAGCUAGGCAGCAAAAAAUAAAAGCAGCACCUUGAAAUUUGGUCUUUCUUUUUUUCGAAAUAACCCUGGGCAUGAAAGUUUAC